AUGCAGUGGACUCGUCUUCCUGAUCCCUGCGGUGCGACUUGGGGGUUACGCAUUGGAUUAAUUGGCAAUGGGACGAAAGGGCUUUACCAAGGCGUUGGGGUUAAGCAUCGGCCUUGGUCACAAUUCAGAUGGUGUCCAACUCAAUAUCAAGCCUUGUCCUUUGAAGGAGCCUUGCAUUGGUUAGCAGAGGAUGGGCCUGUCGUGGCUUACAACCCAAAUUGCGUAGGCACCAUAAAAACCAUGAGACAUGUCGUGGGAACGAUGGAUGAGUAGGCAUGUGUUUUGAUCAAUGUCUCAGAGACCUUAACUGUCUCCACAGGCCAUCUACGCAUCCCUCAGCUCGUUGCAUCUGUUGAUCAUCGACAUCUCUAUAUGUGGACACUCGCGGACUACAAAGGAUCAAUAUGGACAGAGCAUGAGCCUACCUCUUUCACUGACCUUCCUUGGCCGCAAGACUGGACGUUCUAUGACCAAAACUAUAUGCUUAUGUCACGCUUUGCGACUCAACCAGAAACCAGAAAGCGGAUUCUUUAUCCAAAACCUUUGUGUUGUCAUCCAUACAAUCUUCUCCUCGUCUACUUUUGUUUGCCCCAAAGCAUUGUUGUCUCUCUUGACGUUGCAACUAGGCCAAUGAAGUUAAUUACCACACUGAGCAAAAGUAGCACACAAGGCGUGAACUGGAAUGAGUAUGAUAAGGUGAUACCAAUGCACUUAGACCCUUCUCUAAUCUCGAAUCAUGGCCACGUGCUGCAGCAGAGACGUCGUAAACACAGAUUCUUUUAG